CUCUCUCUUUUAUGUAUCCCCAGAUCCCCAAAUCCUAUCAAUCAUUCAAAUUCAUCACAAUCGAUUCAAAUUUAUCGUAAAUCAAUUCAUAACUCAAAUGUAUUCUGAGUGUGGAUGGUAUUUUAGGGCGGUAUACACGGAUCGAAAGAAGCAUGAGAUGGAAGAUUUAUGUGACAGGACAAAUGAUAGUUGUGAUCGUUACGGGUUAUGUGGCGCGUAUGGCAUUUGUAGCAUUAACGAUUCCCCUCCUUGUGGGUGUUUGCGUGGGUUUGAGCCGCGAUUCCCUGAGGAAUGGAGACGGGCGGAUUGGGAUAACGGGUGUGUGAGGAAAGUGGAGUUGGAUUGUGCGGCGGGUGGAGACGGGUUUGUGAAGCAGUCGGGUGUUAAGGUUCCGGAUACGAGGAGAAGUUGGUUUAACGCGAGUAUGAAUCUUGAGGAGUCUGAGAGUGAAUGUUUGAGGAAGUGUAAUUGUACCGCUUAUGCUAGUUUGAAUAUUAGUACAGGAACUGGAUGCUUGAUUUGGUUUGAUGAAUUGAUUGAUAUGAGAGUGUAUGCUGAAGAUGGGCAAGAUAUCUUUGUAAGAAUGGCUGCCUCCGAAUUAGGUGCUAAUUUUCCAUGGUGAAGGAUGAGAUACAACUUGUGGGAAUGGUGGUGGGG